AAUUGUGACGCUAACCCCAAACUAAAACCGCAAGUAAGAUCAGAUAAGCACCAGCCGUACAGAGCAAAUGCGAUCGAAUAUGUGAUGUGAUCACAAUUUACAAAGAAUCUGUAGCUACUGCAGUUACUAGCUGUCGAAUGAUUGACAACUGUGAAUGUUGCUAUUAUAUAACCUCAGUAAGUCAUGCAAUGCUAAAAUUAUUUACUACGUGCUGAAAUUCUAUACUACGUUGGUAAAUUAGAUAAACGUGCCCGGCCAUGGAAAUCAAAUGCCCGUCCAACACGUUUGUUCAUGCGCCGGGCUUGCAGCAAUCUACGUUUUCUUCAUAUUCCUAUGCAUAAUUCUAACCCUAAUUUGUAACUUUUGCUCUAAACAUAUUCCCUGAAAUGAAAUUUAAAACACGCACACACACCAUAUCACAUCACAUCCGGAACAUGUCAUAGCGUCCCUAGCAACCAGUGCAGAUACAGAAACUAAUGAGAAAAUGAUUCAGGGCUGCGUAGCGAAUCUGUCAUCACGAUUACACGCAUAAACAUUUAGCGAUUUUUUUUUUACUGCUGUUUGCAAUGAUGUGCAUUCAAAAUAAUUUGAUUUUCCAUACGAAGCGGUCCUGUUUAUGUAUCACUUCCGUUACUCCCUAGGAUGACAAUGGCGGAGAAACGUCGGUCCGGGAGAACUUCGGGGAUGUCCGACACCAACUCGACUAAGACAGACACCCACAAUGAGUUCCUGUCUCAGGGGGGAGUCGGGGAAUUACUCCGAGAGGCUCUCCUAAAAAUGGUGGAGGCCAGGUCGGAGGACCCAGUUGGGUUUUUAGCUGACCAUUUUUGUAAUCUGGCUUCUGAGUCUGAGAACGGGACGACUGGAUGCUGCAACGAUGGAGAGAUGUUAAAGCUCGGCGCAGGCAUUCUCGAGCAGCAGCAUCUAAGUCGUGCUCUCUGGCACCUCCAUCUGGCUCACCACUCUCAGAGAUCUGCGUUCAGUAACAAUGUGCGUGUGGCUUACGACCUGCUAACAUCUGGGCCCCAACGGCAUGGUGGAAGAGUGGGGCCCAAUGGUCCUUCUGGUCCCUGCAGCCCUGACAAGCCAGGUGGAGGUGGUGGGGUCAGGGGCCGCCUCUACACACACACCCUCCAGUGUCUCUGCAGCGAGGGGGGUGUACCCAUUUCCACCUCAGCUCCUCUGCUACGCCGGCUCCACUGCCAGGACCAUGAAGCCGUGCCCUACGACGUCUUCCGGCACGGUGUGCUGACGUGUGUUGUGUUUUCUGACUACAUUCGGAGGGCGCAAAGGCUGUACGCAGAGGUCUGCGGCCCAGCUGAGGGGCCUGCUAGUCGCGCACUAUGUCUGGCUGUGCUGGGAACCCUCCACGAAGCCCUGGAGACUUCCCGUUCCGACAGUGGGUCAUCAGACGCUAACCGUUACACUAACGCUAACGCUAAGGCCAAUCCCUACCUAGAGGCUAACACGAAGGUUAGUCGCUACCUGGAGGCCAGUGCUAAAAUCUCACCCGGUAAGAUGGCCCAGGCUAUGGCCGGAGCUGAGCCAAACAGGGGUAACAUGGACGCGAAAGAGUUUGAGGAUGCUGCGGCAGAGCUGUUCAUCUCUCGAGUACAAGUUGUGUCUUAACUUCCGUGGGUAUUAGUUCUGACAAUGCCCGUACUUUUCUGUUUAGUUUUAAUUAAAGUAAUCUGAUAAUAUGUUAUCUUGCUCAUAACAUAUUAUCAGAUUACUUUAAUCGUAAUGAAGCAUUUGAAAUAAACUUACUAUAUAAUAGAAUGGCAGAAAUGUAAAUAUUACAUUAUACCAAUACAUGCCAUGUUAUUGUAUGUUGCAUAUUAAUGCUUUAAUCUACAUAUAAAAUAAUUGCCAAAUUGAUGUUAAAAGCCUUUGUACAACAAUGAAUGUACAUUAUUAUUCUUGCAAUGAAUAUGAGAAUGCAUAAAAUGUAAGGGUUCCACCGUGCUGAGUAAACGUGUUGGAAACCUAUUGCAGUUUCAUUAUUUCUGCAUACAUUUUAUUUCAAAUGUGAUCAGAUCUUAUAAUUCCUCAAUCAGAGGGCUUGAGGGUCACUGCAGCGCUCUAGUUGAAGAUAACUUUUUAGUGUUUUAGACAAAAUUCAAAAAGGUGGAAAAUCCAAGAUGGCAAGACUAUGGGGUUCUUGAGGCAAAUUUGUUCCUUAGGUGAAGAGGGGCCUGUGGACUGAAUUUCAGAUCCAUAUGUCAUGGUAUACACCAAUGGGCCCUGUGGGGUGUCUGUAGCACAUACCAUCU